GAUAUCGAUAUAGAUUUCCACUCUGUUUAGCGGACUUUCCGAACCCUCUGUCUCCCACUAAAAACCCCCCAUAAAAACCAAAACAGAGCAGAGCAAUCGGAACAGAGUAAGCUGAGAAAACAGAGAGAAACCACCACAAAUUAACAAAAAGCAAGUGAGAUUGUCUGAUCGCGGUUCUGUUUCUGUCACUGAUCGCGAGCUCAUCAAUUAUAAGAACCACAGAUAGAGAGAGAUUCUUUUUUACAUGUCACUCUGAUUACUCUUUUCUUUCAUCUUUUUGCUUGUCAUUUCAAAAAAAUGGCUACGGAUGCGAGUGUGUUGAAACAUGGAGUGGUGGGGAAUGAGAAUAAUGGGCACGCUGCUUGCUGCAACACGGGGGGACCUGGGUACACAACUCCGCUGGAGGCCAUGUCCGGUCCUAGAGAAGCUCUCAUCUAUGUCACUUGCGUUUACACUGGAACAGGAAGAGAGAAGCCUGAUUACUUGGCUACAGUGGACAUAGAUCCAAGCUCUCCUACUUAUUCAAAAGUUAUCCACAGGCUGCCUAUGCCUCAUUUAGGUGAUGAACUACAUCAUUCAGGGUGGAAUUCAUGUAGCUCUUGCCAUGGAGAUCCCUCAGCAGAUCGACGCUUUCUGAUCCUACCUUCACUAGUGUCUGGUCGCAUAUAUGUGAUUGACACAAAAACCAAUUCCAAGGCUCCAUCACUGCAUAAAGUUGUUGAGCCUGAAGAUAUUGUUCAGAAGACUGGUUUGGCUUAUCCACACACAUCCCAUUGCCUUGCUUCAGGAGACUUACUGGUGUCAUGCCUUGGUGAUAAAGAUGGAAAUGCUGCAGGGAGUGGCUUUCUUCUUCUUGAUUCUGAGUUUAAUGUCAAAGGAAGGUGGGAGAAACCAGGGCACAGUCCACUUUUUGGCUAUGAUUUCUGGUACCAACCACAACACAAGACAAUGAUAAGCUCCUCAUGGGGUGCCCCUGCUGCUUUCACUAAAGGUUUCAACCUUCAGCAUGUUUCUGAUGGUCUUUAUGGGAGGCAUCUGCAUGUGUACAGCUGGCCAGGUGGUGAACUGAAACAAACAUUGGAUCUUGGCAGUACAGGGCUCUUACCUUUGGAGAUAAGGUUCCUGCAUGAUCCUUCGAAAGAUACAGGGUUUGUUGGUUGUGCUUUGACAAGUAACAUGGUGCGAUUUUUUCAGACCCAAGAUGGCUCUUGGAGCCAUGAGAUUGCAAUAUCAGUGAAGCCAUUGAAGGUGCAAAAUUGGAUUCUUCCAGAAAUGCCUGGGCUUAUAACUGAUUUUCUGAUCUCUCUUGAUGAUCGUUUUCUGUACUUUGUGAACUGGCUGCAUGGGGAUGUGAGGCAGUAUAACAUUGAGGACCCUAAGAAUCCUGUAUUGACAGGCCAAGUAUGGGUUGGGGGACUAAUUCAAAAGGGAAGCCCAAUAGUGGCCGAGGGAGAAGAUGGAAAAACUGGGCAAUUUGAUGUUCCAGAGAUCCAGGGAAAUCAGUUAAGAGGGGGGCCUCAAAUGAUCCAAUUAAGUUUAGAUGGAAAGAGGCUCUAUGUCACCAACUCACUCUUCAGUACAUGGGAUCGUCAAUUUUAUCCUGAUCUUGUGGAGAAAGGAUCUCACAUGUUGCAGAUUGAUGUUGAUACAGAGAAAGGUGGUCUGAAAAUAAACCCAAAUUUUUUCGUGGAUUUUGCUGCUGAACCUAAUGGUCCUUCCCUAGCCCAUGAGAUGAGAUAUCCUGGUGGUGACUGCACUUCAGAUAUAUGGAUCUAAGCAACUUGAAUCUAUUUCUAGCAAUAAACGCCAAUAUUUUAACAUAUAGUAGUGGAUAUAAUGAACUUUCCAAAUUAAGUUGUUGGUGAUGACAGUAUGUGAAGGAAACAUGGGAUUUUAUGAAUUCUAAAUAAUAUUUAUAAUUUCUACCAA